UUAUAUAUCUCCAUACUUCUUCUCCUUCUCCCUCCUCCAAACAACACUUUUCUCUUUCUCUUUCUCUCUCCAUACUUCCAAUUUCUUUCUUUCUUUCUUACCCAAAUAACGUAACCCACUACCCCAAACAAUAAAAAACUUACUUACAUACAUCUUUAUCAUCUUUAUAUAUAGAUAUAGAUAUAUCAAAAGAUCAUAUUAUUAUUAUUAUAUAUUGUUAAUUAAUAAGGGAGUAUUGAAAAUGCGGAUGAGUUGCAAUGGAUGUCGAGUACUACGCAAAGGUUGCAGUGAAGAUUGUAGCAUAAGACCUUGUCUUCAGUGGAUUAAAUCUCCUGAAUCUCAAGCAAAUGCUACUGUUUUUCUUGCCAAAUUUUAUGGUCGUGCUGGUCUUAUGAACCUUAUCAACGCUGGUCCUGAAAACCUCCGUCCUGCGAUAUUCAGGUCACUCUUGUACGAAGCAUGUGGUAGAAUGGUAAAUCCAAUAUAUGGUUCAGUAGGUUUACUUUGGUCAGGUCAAUGGCAGCUUUGUCAAAACGCUAUUGAAGCCGUUUUAAAAGGCGCGCCGAUUACGCCGAUUCCUACUGAAGCCGCCGCUAAUCCACCACCAAUCAAAGGUGCUUAUGACAUCCGCCACGUGUGUAAGGAUGAUCACUCCACAGCUGAAUUGCACCGAGUUAAGCCGAGUCGGAAUCGGUUUAAACGAGUCGGGUCUAAGUCGAAGCCGGCUAAGGUGGCGGCGGAUGCUGCCUCGGCUCUUCAAAUGAUGGCGGCGGCUUCCAAGGUUACUGAGUCAACUCGUCGUGACUCGGACGAGUUGAACGGGGCCGGGUCAAGCACGAGUCAUGACUCUACGGUGAGCCACCAAGAUGAACCUACGAGUACGACGGAUACGAGCUUGUUCUCGAAUGAGGCGACGGUUGAUGCUGCUAUUGCGGCGGGGGGAGAUUAUAGCGAUCACGGUGGUGAUGAUGGUGAGGUGGAGCUCGAGCUUACACUCGGGUUCGGGUUUGACUCGGUUGGGAGGACCGAGUCAAAGAGUGGUGUGAUUAGCCAAGGGAAUGAUCAAGGAUUAUGUGGAUUGGAUUUAGGACUUGUUUAAUUAAUGUUAGAUUUAGAUAUUAAUGAAGGGUUUUUCUUUCUUUUUUUUUCUUUUAAUUUUGGUACCCUUUUGGAAAUGUUUUCCCUUCUUAACAGUUUUGGACUUUUGGUUUUUGGAUGUACAAAAGAAAAAGUUUACAUAUAAGAGAUAGUGAAAAAGGGCACAUGUAUUAUAUAUUAAAAGAGAAAUUUGGGAUA